AUGGUUAUCACGUGGUAUAAAACCAGAAUUAGUAAUCCAUACAUUCCAGAAACCCUUAGUAGAAACUUGAAAGUCGAAACACCACACGUGUCACGCUGUUGCUCCUGGCCUGUGCAACGAUCUCCGAUCUUCUUGCGUUCUCCGACGAUCUUCUCCGGUGACAUCUCAUCCGGCGUCGAUCUCCUACAACGGCGAUCUCCUCCGGUGACGUCUCCUCCAGCUUCUUCUCCUUAUCAACCUCUGUGUCUUCUCCACCAAAAUCGUCAACAUCUUCCUUUCCUUCCUCUGCGACGAUCUAAACUGUUUGCGAGGAUUCAUCGCGAGUGGAGAAAUCGAUUCCGCCAUUUGCGCAGCAAGAUCAACAGCAAUUUGUGUUCCGCUGCUCUGCCGCCGCUGACGUUCCUCUAUUUCUCUGCUUGGUGCCUUUGCUGCUGUCCCUCACUCUUCCAAAGGGUUUCAAAAAAUAGAAUGAAGGAUUCUGUAAAUUAUCAGAUCAUUUCUCCAAAAGAUCUAGCAAAGUCUGUUUUAUCUAGCAUAAUAGAGUUCACAAGAGAGGAUGUGGAAGCACUCUUAAAUGAGAAAGCCAAAAGAAAAGACAGAUUCAGUUAUAAGAUCAAAGGGGUUAUCAAAGUUGGAGAAGCAACUGGCAGAAGACUGUUUCUAAGUUGAUGGCACAGCUAAAUGAGAAAUCUUUCGAACUUGAGAGAUAGAAGAGCUGAAACAGAAGGUGAAAGAACUAACAGAAGAGAGUUCAUAUGCUAAAGGACUAGCUUCAGCUGCUGCUGUUGAGCUCAAGGCAUUGUCAGAAGAAGUUUCCAAACUCAUGAAUCAUAAUGAAAGACUAGCUGCAGAGCUAGCCGCAUCCAAGAAUUCGUCUUCGCAGCGCAGAACCAGUGGAACUGUACAAAAUGGACGAAGGUAAAGUCAUGGUAGACUCAGACGAAAUGAUCAGGGUGGGUCAAAUGCAUAUGUCAAGAGAGAAUUAGCCUUGAGUAUAGAAAGGGAACUUUCAUAUGAAGCUACUCUUUCAGAGUUAUAAUCUUUGCUUCCUUUCUUUCCUUCAUUGCUCCAAAUGUUGUGCUAAUUUUCUCCCUUUUUAUUUGGUUCGCAUCUCUAUAGGGAUAAUGUUUUAAUGCAUGUAAAGUAAUAUUAUUGGUUUCUAAUGUUCAUUCAUAAUGAAGUUGCGAUUGUGUUUGACCCUUUAACUGUAUACUGCUCAUCAGUUGAGAAACAGAAGAAUUAUUAAGCAUCU